AUGCCAUCCAACACUGGCGCGACCCAUGCCCACACGGACGCGAUGCUGAUGAUUGUCGACAAAACCCUCGCUCGGCGGCGAUACUUUCGAGAGAAGCAGCGCGAGCAUCGCCGCAAGGUUUAUGCUGACGAGGCGGUUGUCAAAGCACAGUACGAGCACCUUCAGUCGGUCCUUGACAACCUUCAAGCAGGCAGGCCGUCGUCAGUGGCGCCGCGUGAAGCAAGCGAUGGUCCGUUGUCCUGGCAUUCCGUUGCUACCGUGUUCAAAAGAGAAGCCCAUCGUGUCUUGAAGGACCGCCAGUCCCUGGUCACUCAAACGCAAGAGUAUCAAUCCCUCAUCCAGGCCAUGCAACGCUUUGCCAUGAUGAACAUUCCGCCGCCCAUGUCCCGCAGCAAUGACGUGUGGCACAGUGCGACGUUGGUGGCCGACCCGAGUGCUCGAAACCUGGGCAAGGAGUGGCUCACGCAGCAAAUGUACCACAACAUGCACGAGCCGUUAGCGUUGCUCCCUGCCGUGAAAAAUGAAGAGGAGUUUGUCCAAUUUGAAUUUCAAUCGUCGGACGAGCGCGACGACCUCUUUACGUGCAUGGAUCGGGUACAGUUUACGUGGCCAGGAACGAUCCAAAUGUUUCGACGCCUGGUCGAGACCAACAUGAAGGCGGUGGUGGAAGAGAUGACAUCCAACACUCGCCUGUUUCACACGAUCACUCCUAAAGGAACGUUCGUGAACUUGCUCCAAGGACACUUCGUCGAAGCAGAUCGGUUCGUCAUGGUCAUGCGGCAAGUCGAACACGACGAAACAUAUCUAUGCCACCCCCUCCAGAAGCAGCAGCACGACAUGUCGUGGACCGAGGUGCGGCAAGUAUCGCCAACACACAUCUUGCUGCGCUCAGUCGGCCGUGUGUCGCACAUAUUUCGACCCACCACCGGGUUUUUGAGUGUGGACGAGUUCGCGGCGUUGAGGAGCGUCGAUGUGACGGGCAUCCAAGACGACCAGAAGGAUGAGUACGUGCGGCGCGAAAUGACCCGACGGUGGUAUGCGGGGUUCUUGCCUUCGAGAAAACGUUUCAUGGACUUGAUGCACCAGAGCGCGAUAAGCUAA